AUGGCACCUCACGCUGGAAAGAUUACCAAUGCUAGGAUUAUCAACCCGGUCCUGCGUGCUUAUGUACUUGGCUAUUUGACUUCAACGACCCCGAGGUUGCUCUCUUGGUUGUCGCGUCUUCAGAGAAAGGAUGUUGAUAGCAAGCAAAAAUUCAAGGAGCUGGUUCGAGUCCUCCUGGGAGGCUGGGGUCUGAACAGAUUCCCAACCUUCUGCGCUGCCUUGGUAGGUGGCGCCACGUGGCUGCCUCUAUUGUGCUACCAAGUCUACUCGAUAUUUCGCCAAUGGAGUUCGCAAGCGUCGUUGCGGCCAUCCAGAGGCUUUGUGCGCCUCAUUCGCUUCUUUUCUGCCUUUAUUUCUGCGUGGAUAGGAUUCCAGCUACUUAACCGGAAGCGUGGUAGCCCUCGUGCUGAUAGUACCACCGAGAAUCAUGAUUCUCAAAGACAAGGAGAGGCGCUGCCCGCACAUGACAGCGAUCUGGAAAGAUUGAAACAUCAUGAACUUGCUGGGAGAACCUUAGACCUGACCCUCUUUUCGUUCACCAGGGCGUUGGAUGUGGUCGCUUGUAUUGCAUGGGAUCGCUGGAAGAGCCGACGGAAAUCCCGGAAUCGGUGGACACGGGUGGAAUCAAUGGCUCCGCAACUUGCGGAUGCUGGUCUUUUUGCUGGAAGCGCAGCAGUGGUGAUGUGGGCAUGGUUCUAUCUGCCCGAGAGACUUCCGCGUUCCUAUGCAAAAUGGAUUGGAGAGGCUGCUCAGGUCGACUCCAGAUUGAUCGAGGCCCUUCGUCGCGCCAGAAGAGGAGAAUUCGUAUACGGUAAAGAUACCGGCCAAGCUCCAUUGCUUGGAUCAAUGUGUGAGGACUACGGCUGGCCAAUUGAAUGGGGCGAUCCCGCCACAACUAUUCCGAUUCCUUGUGAGAUGGUACACAUGGGAUGCGGCCCGAGCUGUGAAUGGCAUGCAGCUUCUCGCUUUCUACGAACCUUCAAGUUUGCUUUGGCGACGUAUCUCCCCCUACAUCUCCUUCUGCGGUUGCGUUCCAGGCAGUCCCCAACUGCCUGCAUUCGUGCUGUCAAAGAUGCAAUGCGAUCUUCGUCAUUCCUCGCUCUCUUUGUGAGCAUUUUCUAUUAUUCUGUCUGCCUGGCGCGUACAAGAUUAGGGCCAAGGCUCUUCGACGCGAAAACGGUGACGCCGAUGAUGUGGGACUCAGGCCUAUGUGUCGGCGCAGGAUGCCUAAUGUGCGGCUGGAGUAUAUUGGCUGAGAGUGCCCACAGGAGACAAGAGAUUGCUUUCUUCGUAGCACCUCGAGCUGCAGCAACUUUGUUACCUCGGCGGUAUGAUAAGAAGUAUCAAUGGCGGGAACAGUUUGCCUUUGCUCUUAGUGCAGCAAUUGUCCUUACCUGUAUUAAGGAACGACCGGAAAUGGUUCGGGGCGUCUUUGGCAGAGUGCUUGCCAGCGUUAUGGGUGUAGAAGCAUUAACGGGAGUCCAUCCCUUUUGCUAUUUACAAAAUCUCGAAGUUGAUUUGCGGCAAGCGCCGGACGGGAGUAAUCCACUUCCAAGGCCGCCAAGACACAUCACGUGGUUGCGAGCCUGCCUCGAGCUCCCCGAACUUACGAUCAUGCUUCUCAGUGACAGUAAUGUUCGUCUGGCCCGGUCAACAGGGCGAUGUCUCUCAUGCUGGGACAUUUACCAUCUCCAGCGAUUAACGGGUAAUGCCCGCUCUCAAGGAUUCCAGAGAUGGUUUUCACAACAGCCGUCUUUGCGGCAGCAGAUCCCGUCAACACCAUAUAGCAGCCCAGAGUCUGUCAAAAGAAACAAAUCCACCCUAUAUUACACAAUCAGUGUCAUCGUGGGCACCGUUGCGCUUGCAUAUGGAUCUGUCCCGUUCUACAAGAUGAUUUGCCAGCAGACUGGCUGGGGCGGUCAACCUAUUCAAACUCAUCUCACUGGCGAUGGUGAUACAGCUUCACGUUUAAAACCUGUAACGGACGCUCGCCGCAUUCGCGUUACCUUCAAUGGCUCGGUAUCAGACGUUUUGCCAUGGAAGUUUACACCACAGCAGCGGGAAGUUCGCGUGCUUCCAGGCGAGACGGCGCUGGCAUUCUAUACCGCGACAAACAAUGGACCAACAGAUAUCAUCGGUGUUGCAACCUAUAGCGUGACUCCGGCUCAAGUGGCACCAUAUUUCAGUAAAAUACAAUGCUUCUGUUUCGAGGAGCAGAAGCUGAAUGCUGGCGAGUCUGUGGACAUGCCGGUCUUCUUUUUCAUCGAUCCGGACUUCGUAAAGGACCCAAACAUGAAGGGCAUUGACACCAUUACGUUGUCCUAUACCUUCUUCAAAGCACGAUAUGACGAUAACGGCGUCCUACGACCUACACCCUCUGGGUGA